AUGGAUGUUGUCCAUCUUUGCUUAAUUCUAGUCGAUGAUAUAUCGGACGGAAGUGAUUUUCGCAAAGGAGUACCGGCUGCUCAUACAAUUUACGGUCCAUCAGAGACAGCGAAUCGCGCUUACUAUAGAGUUACUCAAAUUCUUGCCCAAACGGUCGAUAAAUUUCCGAGCUUGUCGACCUGGUUGGUCAAUGAUCUGCGAGAUAUCCUUCAAGGCGAGGAUAUGUCCCUUGUUUGGCGGAGAGAUGGAAUUUGUGGCUUUCCUACGGCUCCAGCCGACAGGGUUGCGGUCUAUAGACAAAUGGUUUCUUUAAAGACCGGUUCUUUGUUCCGUCUGCUUGGGCACCUCGUUCUUGAAAACAAAUCCAUGGAUGAAACCUUCAGUAUUGUUGGAUGGUACUCGCAAUUGCAAAAUGACUGCAAAAACAUUUAUUCAUCUGAAUACGCGAAGAUGAAAGGACAAGUAGCCGAGGACUUGUAUAACCGUGAGAUGACUUACCCGAUCGUGAUUGCAUUAGACGCCCCUGGAGGGCAUUGGGUGACAGCGGCUUUAUCAACCCCAUCACGCCGGAGUAUUAGAAAUGCUCUCAAUGUGAUCCAAGGUCCAUUUGUUAGGGACAUAUGUAUGGCGGAGUUGGAAAUGUCUGGUGCCUCGGUAAGGGAAUGGUUGGCUAUAUGGAAGAGGAAUGAGAAAUUGGACCUGAAGUCAUGA